GUCUGAGCCUGGCUCAGGGUGUGCCCGCCACUCACCAGGGGCCUGGUUCCCUGAUGGCACCGGGGAAAUAUUUUCAACAGCUUCUGCCAGCAGCCCCCGACGAGCAUGUCCAGGCCCGUCCUGGAGGCCCUGACGCUCUCCACCGCCAUGAAGUGCGGCCUCCCCGGCGGCUGCUCCCUGCUCCUGCGUGUCAACGCCUCCCUCACGCUGCACGAGAGCCUGCGGGGCCUGGAGGCCUGUUCCAUGAGCCUGGACACCCAGGAGACACACUGCCAGAGAGUGCGGUUCCCCAAGGCCUCCUACCAGCCGCAGGUGGGGCAGCAGCUCCAGGUGCACUUCGACUGCUUCGAGGUGAGCGUGGCCCAGAGCCUCUACAUCACCCUGAGGACUGUCCCCAACUUCUGCGGGGUUCAGCUGGACCAGCAGUACCAUGUGGAAGACUGCAGCGACGAGGACGUGGGGAGGCACGUGCCAGCCUGCUUCGCUGGGAAGCUCUCCUACUGGGUGGACCGCAGCCGCAAGGUGGUCCUGGUACAGGUGCCAGAGUCUGGGGGCCCCGACUACUACGUGCGGCUCUGCCUCAAACGGUUCACCUGUGAGGACGCGGGCGCCCCGGUGCGGGUGACAGCGAACAGGGUCUCCCGGAGGGUCUCCCUGCCCUACAACCAGGAGCUGUCGUGCCUGUGCCUUGAGGUCAGUGAGGAUGUGGCCCUGGCAGCCGGGAGUGGACGAAAGGAUGGGCGGACCCUGCGCUCACCUCAGUCCCUCCCGCAGGGCUGGUCUGCGACCCCCGACGCGGUGCGGAUCCAGACCUGCCCCUUUGAGGACGACACGGAGACGCUGUGGGACGCCAUCCACUACCAGCCGGUGAGCCAGGCCCUGAGCUGGGAGCCCGCCUGCCCCGUGAGUGGCCGUGUGAGUCUGUGCUGGCGCCCAGGGCCAGGCGCGCGCUGCCUGGAGCUGCAGCACUCCGGCCGGCCCGCGCGCGGCAGGGUGCGGUACCUGUUCGUGGACACACAGCCCCAGCUCUGCCUGAAGUUCUCCACACGCCUGGGCUUCCGGGUGAGGUGUCCUUUCCAACAGCGGCGCUUCCCAGCCUGGAAGAUGACCGUCCGGCCGGCCCCCGCGCCGGGCCGCCUCCGCGUGGCCUUCUCCUCGCCCAGCCCCGCCCGCUUCCAGGUGUGCCUGUGUCCCCAGGGGAAGACGUGGCCCCCUGCCUGCCGCCGGGUGCUCCAGGCCAGCUCCAUCCCUGCAGCCUCCGGUGACCCCACAGAGGACCCUGCAGUGGCCUUCGUGGAUAUUCCGCGGGACGAGGCCUGUGCACCCAGUACCUGCCUCCAGGGCAGGAGGACCGACGUCCAGUUCUCUGCCCCUCAGCUGCUGUGCGACCUCCAGUGCGCGGCCGCCCAGGGGCCAGCAGCCUGAGGCCAGGUGACUCACCAAGAAGAAGCAAGUGGCAGCGCCCGACGGCUGGAUGUGGUGAGGGGCCAGCGCGCGUCUGGAUGCCCAAGCCUCUGACGGCGAAGCCUAGGCCUCAGAGCAGGAGGGGCGGGCGUGCCUCACCCGACCCCACUGUGCACAGCCCACGGUCCUCGCCGCUCCCCAGAGGCCAUGCCAGGGCCUCGGGUCAGACGGAGCACCUUCAGCCCCUCCUGGACCCCCUGAAUGGGACCCGCACAAUGGCUGGUGGGACGCCCCCCGCCUCAGAUGGCCCAGCCCGGGCCUGCCGCGCCUCAGCUUGGUCCAGGCUUCCUCUGGACAACCGGGGCGGCACGGCCGGCACCCCGGGCCCUGAGGACGGGGUUCUCUGCGGUGCAGGGCGGGGCCCCACCCCUUCUAUAGUUGACCAGGUCUGGGGCGCCAGGACACCCCCCACCCUGCUGAGGUCCACACACGGCAGCGGCCCCCCAGACCCCCCUCACACAGAUCGCCACCCUUCAAAGACUCUGCUAAGAACCCAGGCAAGCCCGCCACCCAAGCACCCACCCUGCGCCAACCCCCCCCGAGCUCAGACCCCCUUCCACUCCCAGGCCCCCAGCCAGGCCAGGCCCGUGGGGGCCGGCCACGUCUACUGGCCCCGGGGGCCGCCUGCCAAGGUGAGCCAUUCUCAGCCGUGUCCCCUUCCCUGAGGGCCACCAGGUGCCAUCUGUGCUCAGGGACCACGGGGGACCCUUGGCCCUGCAGCGUCCCUUCCGUGUCCCGGGCCAGAGGUCACCCAGCAGUUGGUGGCUGGGUGUGCCCUCACGGGACUCUCCUGCCAGCUCACGAGGACCACCGGGCAUGCUCCCCGAGCUGCGACGGGAGCCACCUCCGCGAGACCCCGGUGCACGCGGGCCGGCAGCCCAGGCCCCGCCCCGUCUGCAGAUGCGCCCCGCCCUCCAGGCCCUGGCUGGGCUGUCCCUCCUUCAGCCGGACGCAGGCCCCUGGGCCUUCUUGGCAUCCCUCCCUCGAUGGGGGCUGCUGCCCCUGGCCGACUGGGGUGGGGGGGAGGACAGCCAGCAUGGCCCCUCACUCAGUAAACACGUGUCCACCUGCUCGCGUCUUCCCUUGAGGACAGAAACGGGGUCUGCAGGGCAAGGUGGGUCCUUGGGGUGGGGGCGCGAGGACCACGGAGCCGCUGUACUUCCUUAAACGGACGCAGGUCAGGACCGCUGCCAGGGCCGAGGGUGGAGCCACCGCCCUCCCCCACCCCGCCCCCGUAUCAGAGGACAUCCCCGGGCUGAGGACGCCAACACCCCCAGGGGCCGCCCCCGUGAGUGGGAGGGGAGAGCGGCGCCCAGCGGGUGGGCUGAGGGCCCCCCGCGCCCCUCCCCCAAUGACGGGCAGGAGCUGCCCCGCCCCUCGAGCCCCGGGCUCCCGCUCCCCUACCCUGGCCAGGGCUGGGGCUUUGGGCUCACGUGCGGACUCCUUGCCGUCCUCUGGAGACCCCUGUCUGCCCCAGGUGCCCCCUCCCCGCUGAGGCAUAGGAGGAGAUGGGGGACCGCGGUCCCGGCUCUGGCUGGACCCCUCCCCCGGUGCCACAAGUUCUUUCUCCUCAUGCUUGGACCAUCCAGGGGCCCCCUGGCCCACGCACAGGGACCGCGGCCCCGACGCAGGGCCGCCCCAGGAAUCCCUGCCCGCCUGAAGGUGGGGGGCGGGGGGCGUUGCUGGUGGGAGCUGCUGGGAACGGACCAGACGCAGGCUCCUGGAGGCCUCGCCGCAGGCCCGGCCCUCCUCCAUGGGGAAGCGGAGGCCCAGGCGCAGCCAUGACGGGGCCCCUCUCCAGGACAAGGACGUGCAGGGCUGCGGGGCGGGGGCGAGGGACACGCCCAGGUCCCAGCUGCCCUGCCGGCCACGGUGUGCUGCCGCCAAGUGCAGGGGGCGCUCAGUGCCGGGUUCUGAGCUGGACCCUCCAGCCCGCCUCCAGGCCCGGAUCUGGAGCCACACCCAGAGCCCCGCGGCCCAAUGGCCCCCUGCCUUGGCGAGUCAGACUGCCCCCCGGCAGGGAGCCCCGUCCGCACCCCUGCCCGGGAGGUAAGUGCUGCUGCCCUCAGGCCCCGGGCUGAGGGCUGAGUGCGGAGCCCCCGCCAGGGCUCCCGGCUUGACUGAGGUGAGCCUCGCUCACUGUUCACUCCUCAAGCAGGUACGGAGCUCGCCAGUGCCACCCUGUCCCAGCACUGGCGACAAUCAGCACUGGCCCCGGGGCUGGGGACAGCACCUGCGUCUGCCCUGAACUGCGGGGCUUCUCGGGUCAGGAUUCUCAGCCUGGAACCCCAGGCAGACAGGGCCGUCGGUCGCCCUACCCGGAGCUGAGCUUUGCACAGGGAACACGGACCGCAGACGGCUGAACGUGUAACUUACGUGGGUGCCCAGCGCCGGUGUGAGGGGAGGCGGCUGGGGAAGCAAAUGUAAAGGGUGGAAGGGAAUGCCAGGUACAGUAGGCUGGUCCUGGCAACGUGUGAGCCUGGCUCUAACAGGUGGACGGGUGAGGGCGUGUGGCAGGCAGGUGGACCACGGGUGUCCUGGCUUGGAUACCGGGAGCACGAGUGAAGUAGACCAAGGUUUCGGCCUCAGUGUGGGGCUCCGUGGGCUGCGACAGAAAUGCGGCAGCAGCAGUUGCCGUGUGGACACGGUGAGUCUGAGCUGCCUCUGCUCACCACGGCUCUGUCGUGCCUUCCGGGUAUCACAUCCUCAGUGACCAGAACAGACACGGGUCCCUGCCCAAGGCAGAGGAGAGAAGCAUACACAUUAAAAAAAAAAAAAGAGUAAAUUAUCUAGGACAUAAAAGGGCUAUUCAGAAAGAGAAAUCGGAGCAGGAUAAAGGGAAGGAGAUGGUCUUGGGGGUAAAGUGGUGGGCUGGGUCUCACGCAAAGACAGGAAGGAGAUGUGGGCGUGUGUAGGCACCACCGGGACAAACGAUUAACACCCAGGGAGUCCCCCCACACGGGCAGAAAGGGGUGAAACCGUCUUAUUGGAUGAGCACUGAGAGAUUGCAAAGGCAGAAAUCUCACCCUUUCUAUGAGCCAGGCCGGUACAGUCCAUUCCAUACAUGAUCUCAGAAAAACAACUGUCCUCAAGAGUGCUCGACAUAAAGCCUGUUUUGUAUGAUAAUAACAUGAAGUCAUGCCAGCUUUCUUUGAUUCCUGUUUGCAUGGAAUGCCUUAUUCUUUUACUUUCAACCUCUUUGUGUCUUUGUACGUGAAGUGAGCUCUGUACACAGCAUGUGUACAAAGAUGGAUCCUCUUUGCCAAUCUCCGUCUUUUACCUGGAGAGGUUAAUCCAUUUGCAUUUAAAGUGAAUACUGAGGGGCGUCCCUGGGGGUCCAGUGGGUAAGAAUCCACCUUCCAGUGCAGGGGGCCUGGGUUGGAUCCCUGGUCAAGGGACUAGAUCCUGCAUGCAUGCUGCAACUAAAGAUACCACGAGGUACCACACCUAAGUAAGUAAGUAAAUAAGUACAUAGUUUUUAAGACACAGUGACUACUGAAAAGGAAGGGUUUACUUCCACCAUAGCUAUUUGUUUUCUUAUGUUUCAUAUGGUUUUUUUCCCCUCAGUUCUUUUAUUACUGCCUUUUCGGGUAUUUAGUUGAUUUUUAUAGUGUGCUAUUUUGAUGUCCUUCCUCUUUCUUGUAUUUUUUCCCCAGUAUUUUCUUCGUGGCUUCCUUGGGAGUUACAAUUAAAAUCUUAAACUCGUAAAGACCUAGUUUGAAUAAUACCAGCUUGGUUUCCGUAGUGUACACUCUGCUCCUGCACAUCCACAGCCCUGCCCGCUGUCGUCACAGAGCGUCUUCAUCUCUCAUGGGUCCGUCAGCAUAGAUCUAUGCCUAGUGUUUCAGGCAUUUGCUUUUCAAUCAUAAGGGGAAAAAAUAGAGGAAUUACAAACCAAAACUGCAGUAACACCAGCUUUUAAAUUCUCCCAUGCAGUAACCUCUACUGUGUUCUGUACCUUCUCCUGGCUUUGACUUACUGCCUGGUGUGUUUUCAUUCCACCUGAAGGACUCUCUUUAGCAUUUCCUGUAGGGCAGGUCUGCUGGUAACGAACUCCCUGAGCUUUUACUCAUCUGGAAACAUCUUACUUCCUCUUUCAUUCCUGAAAGAUAGUUUUACUGGAUAUAGAAUUCUGUGACUUCCCUGGUGGUCUAAUGGGUGGUCUGCAUUCCCAAUGCAGGGGGCCCGGGUUCAAUCCCCGCUUGGGGAGCUAGAUCCCACAUACAUGCCGCCACUAAGAGUUUGCAUGCCACAACUAAGGAGCCCUCCUGCUGCAACCAAGACCCAGAGCAAGCAAAUAAAUAAUUCUUUUUAAAGAAUUCUUGGUUGACAGGUCUUUCUUUUUCUUGAGGACUUCAAAUAUGUCAUCCCACUGCCUUGUGUUCUCCAAGGCUUCUAAUGAGAAAUCUUCUGGAAGUCUCGUUCAGGGUUUCCGUGGAAAGGCCAGAAGGGCUGUUGCGGCGGAGACCGCAGCGUGGGCACAGUGGGCAAACGGAGAAGCUGGCUGAGGUCACGGGGGUGGGGGAUGGUCAGAGCUGAGGAGGGGAGGAGCCUUUCCAGGAAAGGACCUACUGUCACUGGGCUGCGGGCCAGGUGAGGGGGUGCUCAGACCAUGAGCGUCUUGAGUCGGGAACCCACCUUGACAAGACCAGCCCUGGGGGAGAAGCCCGACUGGAGAGGGUUCUUGCAGGGAGGGCGGGAGGACACCCCCUGAGUUUAGUGGGGCCGGAACAAAGAAAUGGGUGAUACCUCAGAGUUGCUAGGACCCUACCUGCCUGGCAGUUUGGGGGCUUUCUAGUUUGCAGGAAUAAUAACUGGUGUGGAGGGGGUGGGCUGCUGCCGCCAGCCAGGUUCUGCAGUGCAGAGGGCGGAGGGGCUUGACCUUGCGCCGUCUCUGCCCCUGGAGGUCGAGCAGAGGCCCGGGUUUGGGGUCCAGCUGGGGUGGCCAGGGGAAGGGGAGGCAGCUCGGCCGGCCAGGUGCGGAGAUGGGUCCUGGCAGUGGGGCCUCCAGACAGCAGCGCCCGGGCUUCGGUGGCAUCUGCAUCUCUCGGGGCAGCCGUGCCUGCCGACCGGGCCAGCCCCCAGCGACGGGUCCCCACGUUCACCCUCUUCCAGCCCAAAAGCCAAGAGCGGUGGGUUCCCGCACAACCUCCACGAGGGCCGCUUCCAGGAAGCUCCAGACGCCGCUAACGCUAGUUUUAAAGGCUGCGUAUCACUCGGAGACGAUCGCCUCCUUUCCCUAACACUUUUCGUGGGCCCGUCUAAACGUGCCGUUUUCCGCGCGGCACUGGGCGCAGCCC